CCUCCCCACCUCCCUCUGUCCCUCUCUACAAGCAAGUUGAUCUACUCUUCCUGUUUGCUGAACCCAUCGCAACCAUGCCGCAAGGGGAGACCGAGCCCCUCCUCCCUCGCUAUGAGGAGGACACGACCCUCCAGCGUCGCCUGCAUCAGAAACUACACACCUACCAGAUGAUCCGGGCCCUCUCGGAUGGUUACCUGCCUUCUACGGAACAGGUGAUUGUCAAUCUCCGCACUCUGCUGGCUUCGGAUGUGCUCUCCGCCCAGACUCACGAUGUGGGCUCCGUGGGUCGUCAGAUCAUCCGCGAUUGUCGCCUGUGGAUUCAGGUCUUCAUCGAAUUCCUGAAGGAGAAGAACGAGGAUGACAAGCUGCAGGAGUUUCUGUGGCGUCUGGCGCGAUCUCGCGCCUCGAUUGACCCUAACAAAAUCCAGCAGCAGGCUCGCCAGAGCAGGGCGAGAGCCGAUACCCAAGCAGCAUACGACAGUCUACGUACCGUGGGAAGCCUCCUGCUGACCAACUCCGACUUCCGUCUCUUCGUGGAUGAUUUGACCACUGUUGGACGGCAGAUCUUCUCCGACACGGCCUUUUCCUUGUCCAGCACAUCUCAGCAGAUUGGCGAGCAGCUGAAACCGUCCGAGGAGGAGGCCAAAGCGGUGCAGGGUGCAGGUGCAGAUGAAGGCCAUACUCCCACGGGUGAGGACCUGCGACACGAAGCGACUGAGGUGGCUGAGAUUGCCGGGAAUGGCCUGGCUCGCACCGGCAAAGAUGCGGUCAGUAGUGCAAAGGAGCACCUAGCCGGCCGUGAGAAAGAGGCUCUGCUGUACCGACUGAAGCGGACCGUCCUCAAGCUCAAGGAUCGUACGGACUACUCGGACUCGAUCUCAACCCUGGGCCAGCUGGUUCGUCGGUAUGCUCAAGCCUACGUGAACGCUGCGUCGGAUGUAGUGACGGCGGCGGAAGAAGAUGUCGACGUCAAUGCAGACCUCAAGCAGGCGAUGCAGCACUUUUGGAUCUUGUUGCAAUCGUUCGGUGAUGCCGAAGAAUGGAAGGCCCUGGAGAAGCGCUUUGAGACGGUGUUGCAGCAUGCAAACUCCGACCCUGAGUUUGAGAAGUUCCUCUCGGAAACCGGCUCCGUCGUCCAGGAGAUGCUGACUGAUCCUAACUUCUUUGACAAUGCGGAGGAGAAAUUCGAUGAGCUCAAGGAAAAGUCUAAGGAGGUCAAGACUGAAUCACGGUUCAGACAGGACGUCGAUGCUUUUCUGGUCCAGGCCAAGCGAGCUCUGCGGACGGUGCCCAGCGACAAAGCAGUGUCCAAUUUAACCAAUGCAACCCAGAAGCUGUACAAGGAUAUUUGGGAGGCCUAUCAUAGCCGUGAGAGCCAGCUGCCGGCAGACUUGCUCGAAUGUUUCCUGCCCCUGGUUCUUCGUACGGUGCAAUUCAUUCCAAUCCCUCGCCUGGAGAUCUCCGCGCCCGAGGUUGACUUGCUGCUGGAGAGCUUGAUCCUUGAGCCGGGCCAUACGGUUAACUACUCGUCCUUUCUUCCCUAUCGGAUGCACGUGACCACACGCAACGAUAUCGAUAUCGUGAAGAAGCACUCCAAACGGACCGCCACCGACAUCAAAACCACAUUCACGGCGACCAUCAACGGAUUGAAUAUCAGCGCGUCUGAGUUCGGGUACUGGAUCCGGACCCAUUCUGGGCCCUUCCUGCGGUUCAACGAUGAAGGUGUCGCCAGCUUCUUCCUAGACAGGCGCGGGGUUGACAUCUCACUCGACAUCGAAGUCGGCCGAGACAGGCUGGAACAGAUCUUCACCCUGCGCGGGGUCCGCGUUCGGAUCCACAAGCUCGACUACAAGGUGCAUCGCAGCCGGUGGAAGUGGCUGCUCUGGCUGACCAAGCCCUUCCUCAAGCACCUCGUGCGUCGAGUGCUCGAGAAGAAAAUCGCGGAGAAGAUCGUGCAGGCGGCGUUUGCCCUGAACCGGGAGCUGGUGUUCGCCCGCGAACGGCUGCGGGCGGCCCGGAUCGCCAACCCGCAGGAUCUGGCCAGCUUCGUGCGGGCGGUGCUGGCUCGCUUGAAGGCGCUGCCGGAGACCGACGUUGAGGCGCGGAUUGGACUGGAGCCGCCGGGUGAGGGUGUGUUCCGGGGAGUGUACGCCCCCGGCAGUCUGGUCAAGGUGUGGAACCAGCAGGCGCUACGGGCGGAGGAGGCUAUCGAAGAGGGCGAUGAGUAUCGCACUCUGGCGGGAACCUGGAGAAACGAGAUCUUCGACGUGCCCGUUCGUCGGGCUUAGGUUUUGAGUGAGGUGCUGAGUAAUGUUUUGCCUUGAUGGGAUAUGAGAUUGUGCAAGGGGAGAAUGCCAUAAUGUAUAGCCACUGGUCCGUUAGGCGUUUCGGUUAGUUGGUAGCGAUGAGUUUUGCAUUCUG